AUGGUCUGGAUUCGAACACACCACCUGAGUGGCUUGGGGCUUGAGCUCUCUAACGAGUGCAGUGAUCAUCACCUGGAAUCUGACCAUCACCCGGAGUCAGACCAUCACCCGGAACCUGACCAUCACCCGGAAUCUGACCAUCACCUGGAGUCUGACCAUCACCCGGAGUCAGACCAUCACCCGGAGUCAGACCAUCACCCGGAAUCUGACCAUCACCCGGAAUCUGACCAUCACCCGGAGUCAGACCAUCACCUGGAGUCUGACCAUCACCUGGAGUCUGACCAUCACCCGGAGUCAGACCAUCACCCGGAGCCAGACCAUCACCCGGUAUCUGACCAUCACCCGGAGUCAGACCAUCACCUGGAGUCUGACCAUCACCUGGAGUCUGACCAUCACCCGGAGUCAGACCAUCACCUGGAGUCUGACCACCAUUCACCCACCAUAAUGCUGGCCGCCGUCGUAUUAGUGAAAUAUCCUUCAGGUGGACGUAAAGCUCCAAUCAAAUAA